UCCAGUGUGUAGGCGAGGGGACACAGAAAAGCACUGACUGGAUAGUGGAUAAUGCCGAAUCUUUUUUUUUAUUUCGUUUGUUAGAAAUUAUCGAAAAUAUCAUGGCUAUAUUUAUAGUCUUAUCUUCCGGCUAAACUCUCUUUACCAAUUAUGUUUAUGUUUUGGAGAAAAUCACAUUACCGUUUCCUUUUCGUGGAUGGAUUGUUCUGCUAAGUGCUAUCAUCAAGCAACAGAGCAAGCACGAAAUGAACAUACCUGAGCAGGGAGCUCAAGAUAUCAUCAUCAUUUUGAGUCAUCUUCUUCGGAUCAGCUUGAAACUGGGUCUUUGAAUGACUUGUCUUCGCUCCUUCAGCAACUUCCCAUCAAGGGGCUUUCAAAGCAUUACGAAGUGAAGUCGAGGUCAUUUGCUUCGCUAUCAAACGUGAAAUGCAUGGAGGAUCUUGUCAAGGUCGAGCACCCUUACAACAAGAAGUUGAAGUCUUGCAAAAGCUAUGUGGGAUUAGGGGAGAGCAAGAGUCACAGAUAAUCACGCCCUCCUAUGGCUUCUUCGUCCAGCCGUAGGCUCAAUAUUUCGAAGAAGCUAUCCAAUUCCAAGGGUUCCUGCUUUUUACUCUCUGCGAAUAGAAGCGGUAGCUUUCUGAGAAGCGGCUCUCCGGCCUCCCCACCUCACAGAUCGACCAGUUCAAGUAGUAUUUCGAACCAAACCCCGGCUUUGUUAGCCUAGAAGGAUUCGUGGAGUACUACGUACAGUUUCUGUCCCCUUAGGAAUAACUCGUGUUUUCUUGUUCAUCUAGGAAUUAACUUGCAUUUGCUUUUAUGAUAAUUAAUGCAAUUUUUUUUGAGUACUUCUAUAUGCAAGCACACGGCGCACCAAUAUGCAGACGAAAGAUGACGUGACAACUUAAAAUAAAGAAAAAAGAAAAGGAGGACGGAAAACAAGAAAAAGAGGGAAAUGGAAAAGUGGCUUCCUUCAGAAGCUUUCAUCUUUUCAUUCGUCCCGCACGUAGUUCCUGCGAGAGCUUCCCCGACCACGCACGUACAUUUUUCGGUGAAUCUUCUCCACCAUUUUUCCAAAUGGUGGAUGCAAUGAAGAAAGUGGCAAAUCUUGAUGUGGAACUUAGCGUGGAAGAUCAGCGGAACCUACUCUCCGUCAGGUACAAGAACGUGGUAGGAGCUUGCAGAGCCUCUUGGAGGAUCCUAUCCCUCAAUAGAGCUGAAGGAGGAAGCCAAAGGGAAUGAUUGGAACGUGAAGCGCACCAAGGAGUACAGGCACAAGGUCGAGUCUGAGCUCUCCAACGUCAAGUCUUAGCUCCUUAACGUUGGCAAACUUGGUGGCCGUGUCUUGCAGCUGGCGACGUCAUCUUGUUUUGCAGUGCUCGACAUGGGGAGCUACGGGGGAAAAACAAAUGGGUUACUCUGUUUUCAAGGAGCAAAAACAGAGAAAAAUAUGGGAUUGGGCACGACGAUGCUGGGCGGCGUUGGGUGGCUUUACCGUGGGUUGGGGUCUUGCUUCCCUUUGGUUGUGCUUGACGUGGCCACUGAUGUUGCGUGGGCUGCGGACGCUGUUGGUUACGGAGGUUGUUCACAAUGGCAUCGUGGCUCACCGAGAGGGAGUGGAGAUUUCAAUGGAGAGGAGAUUUUGAGUUUUUCUCUUCCCGCUCCAGACGCAGCUGUUUGAUGAAGAUGAAAUCGUCUUCCCGCUUCUGUCGCACAAAAUCACUUUCUCAAUGUCUUGAAACGCGUCGUUUCAUUUGACAUGUCAGCAUUGGUGCGCCUUCCGGUUCGCAAAUGGCUUGCAAGAAGAGUUUUCCUACAAAAUAUGACCCAUUAGUGAAUGUCACUUCUUUUGAUUUAUUUGUCUUUUUGGGACAUUCUUGAAAGCGAGUGAAGUACUCCCACUUCUAGUUUUCUAUAAUAUUGACCCUGACUUUACUUGUAGCAACCUUUUUUUCAUCCUGGUUGGUUGGUUAUACAGUUAAGUUGUUUUUGAUGAACUGUGCUGGAGAUACUAUCUGGCAGGCAGAACUGUGCUGGAGAUGCUCAGGGACAGAGGCUAUGCCAUGCCCAACUCUGAAAUCGAGCUCUCUCUACAAGGCUUCCGGGCCAUUCAGGGCCAAAACCCAGACCUUGAGCGCCUCCGAAUCUCCAUGACGUUUCGCUCUGACCCUUUGAAAAGGAUUUUAGUAAUUUUUUGUGGACCUGGUGUCGUAAAAGUAAAUGUGAUCCGCAGCAUUGCAUCCCAAAUUGUAAACAAAGACACUUUAAGUGGAUUUCUAUUAAUAGUGCAAAACCAUGUAACAUCCCAAGCGAUGAAAGCAGUGGAUCUUUUCCCAUUUAAAGCUGACAUAUUUCAGAUUACUGACUUGCUUGUGAACAUUACGAAGCAUGUGUUAAAGCCAAAGCAUCGAAUACUGACUGACCAAGAGAAACGGAGGCUCUUGAAAAAGUACAAUAUAGAAGAGAAGCAGCUUCCUCGAAUUUUACGAAAGGAUGCGAUUGCGAGAUACUACGGACUUGAGAAGGGGCAGGUGGUGAAAGUGACCUAUGGUGGUGGUGAAAUCACUGAGGGAUUGGGAUAUGGGAUGAGAUCAGAUAAUUUUAGAUAAAAGUUAAAUAAAAUAUUGUUAUUAUUAUUUUAAGAUUUAAAAAAGUUGAAUUAUUUAUUAUAUGUUGUUUAGAAAGUUGUAAUAAUGUGAUGAAAUGAGAUGAGUUGAGAUGAGGUGAAACUACCUCCCAAUCUAAACAACGCCUAGUUGCAUUUUAUUUAUCAUUGCGGUUGGUGAUGCCUA